CCCUCUUAACAUAUUCAUCGUUAUAGACAUGGAUUUUGAUAAGGCAGCAACUUUUUUCCCAUUUGUUAUAUAUCUUAUAUUCCUCUUGUACAAGAUUGUGGAUAAAAGAAGGAAUCAAUGCUGUUACCUUAUUCAUUAUGAGUGCCACAAGCCAUCUGAUGAUAGGAAACUCGGCAUAAAAUUCAGUGGAGACAUGAUUGCAAGAAACAGAAAUCUUGGCAUUGCAGAGCAUAAGUUUCUUUUGCGAGCCAUUAUUAAUUCUGGAAUUGGCGAAGAAACUUACGUGCCGAGAAACAUUAUUGAAUGCCGUGAAGAUUCUUCCACUCUUGAAGAUGCAAUUGCAGAAAUGGACGAAUUCUUCAUUGACACAUUAGAUAAACUCUUCGAGAAAAACGCAGUUUCACCUCAAGAAAUUGAUGUUCUUGUGGUGAAUGUGGCGUUGCUUGCAGCAGUUCCUUCGCUUUCGGCCCGAAUAGUCAGCCAUUACAAAAUGAGAGAUGAUAUAAAAACCUUUAAUCUCUCUGGGAUGGGAUGCAGUGCUAGCCUGAUUUCAAUCAAUCUGGUUGAAAACAUUUUUAAAUCCCGCAAAAAUGUUUUCGCUGUGGUUAUUACGUCUGAAUCCAUAGCUCCAAACUGGUAUACAGGCAAUGACAAGUCUAUGAUUCUUACAAAUUGCCUGUUUCGUUCAGGAGGGUGUUCUAUGCUAUUGACAAACAAUCGGGCCCUGAGAUCCAGAGCCAAAUUAAGAUUAAAAUGUCUGGUUCGAACCCAUCUGGGAUCAAUCGAUGAGUCGCACACUUGCUGCUUGCAAAAAGAGGAUGACCAAGGUCGUUUAGGGUUUUUUCUUAGCAAGAAUCUUCCAAAAACAGCCACUCGUGCAUUCACCAAGAACAUAAUCUAUUUAGCACCAAAAGUAGUGCCCUUAAAAGAGCUGAUUCGAUACGUCGUCUCGAAGAUUUUUACGAAAAGAACUCUUAAUCUUAAGUCUGGGAUUGAUCACUUCUGUUUGCACCCUGGAGGGACUGCUGUAAUACAAGAAGUCAGGGUGAAAUUGGGGUUAAGUGACAAGGAUGUGGAGCCAUCAAAAAUGACACUUCAUCGGUUCGGAAACACGUCAGCGAGUAGCCUGUGGUAUGUUUUGGGUUACAUGGAGGCAAAGAAAAGACUGAAAAAAGGUAACAAAGUUUGGAUGGUAAGUUUUGGUUCUGGUUUUAAGUGUAAUAGUUGUGUGUGGGAAGUGGCUCGGGAUUUGGAAGAUGGUAAUGUUUGGGGGGAUAAGAUUGAUAAUUACCCUCCAGAAAACAUGGCAAAUCCUUAUAUGGAACAGUAUGGAUGGGUUUAUGAAGCAAAUUUGAAACCAUUAGUUGCUCAAUAUGGGAAGAAUAAGAAUAUAUGACCAGAAGAAUAUCUUCCCUUUAUGGUGCUGUUGCAUCAUCCACUGAUAAGUAUGCAUGUCAAGAUUAUUGGCUAAAUAAGUGAUGAGAGUAAGCAUAUUUUGUAUUUAAGGUUGUCAAUUUCUAUAUUUUACGUAUGUGGAACAAUAAUUUUGCGAAAAAUCCUAUGUACACUCUCUUAUCACUAUUAUAUAAAAAGGACAAUAUUUCACUACUGUAAAAAGAACAGUAGAUUCUUCCA